GAGGAAGCCUAGACGGGCAUGACCUUUCAGAUGAAGUCCUUAAUGAUGAAAUUGGGGAGACUAGAAUUGCAGUUGAAAGAAACGAAAGUUUCUUUUUUCAAUUCUAUUACGUUAGGCAAUCCUAAAGUAUUUACUUGGGUACUGGUUGCGUUUGCCUCCAUGGGUGGCUUACUAUCUGGUUUGGAUCAGAGCUUGAUUAGUGGAGCGAAUUUAUAUAUGCUAGCGGAUUUACACUUGGAUAGUGGCCAAGUUUCGUUGGUAGACUCUUUAAUGCCUUUGGGUGCAGUUUUGGGAGCAUUAAUCUUAUCACCUACCAACGAAGCAUUGGGUAGAAAGUUGUCUAUUAUCGUUGCGUGUUUACUCUACACAUUAGGUGCUGGUUUAGAAGCUGGAGCUCAUUCAGUUGGUAUGAUGUACGCUGGACGUUUUAUUUUGGGGAUGGGUUUAGGCUUGGAAGGAGGAACUGUGCCUGUUUAUGUUGCAGAAUGUGUGGCAAAGAAGUUCCGGGGCAAUCUUGUCUCUUUGUACCAAUUCAAUAUUGCUCUCGGUGAAGUCUUUGGUUAUGUUGUUGCUGCAAUAUUUGUCAACGUUUCAGGAACUUGGCGUUGGAUGUUGGGAUCAUCUCUUCUCUUUUCCACUGUUCUUCUUGUAGGAAUGAUUUUCAUGCCUGAAAGUCCUCGUUAUCUGAUGCAUAAAGGUCGUGAAGUUGAAUCUUAUAGCGUCUGGAAGCGUAUUCGUGGUGUAUCCGAUAUAGAUGCAAGACGCGAGUUUAUUGUGAUGAGACAUUUAGUUGAACAGGAACAAGAGGAGAAGAAACGUCGAU